AUGGAGGGAAGCAGAGCAGACACUGCUGCAGCUGAAGAGAGCCAGGAAAUCGUCUAUUCUUCUGUCAGAUUCUCUCAGACUCCUCUGCCAAGGGCCAAAGCUGCACAGGAGAAAAGAGCCCCCUGUCUGUGGCGAGCAGCUGUGCCAGGCUUGGCUGUAGGCUUUGGCAUCCUGAGCAUCUCCCUGGCGACUGCUUUGAUCUGGAAGAUGAGUGACUCCCACCCACGCUGCCCUGAGCAGUGGGUGGCCUACAGAGGGAGCUGCUACUCCUUUGCCAAGGAGAGGAAGGAUUGGAACGCCAGCCAGAGAUCCUGCUGGGCACAGGGAGCUCAUCUCCUGGUGAUCAGUGAUGCCAGUGAAAUGGAGCUGUUCAAGAGGAUCCAAUCAGGAUAUUUCUGGAUUGGACUGAGGAACAGCACAGGCUCUGGCUGGAUUUGGGAAGAUGGCUCUACAUUCAAUGACACCAAGGUCCCCUCGAACAGCCCUGUGCAGCACUGUGCUGUCCUGAUGAAAGAUCACAUUCGGGCCUCCAGCUGUGAAUUUCCUGCUCCAUUUAUCUGUGAAAAGUCUCUUCUAUAA